AUGCUGGUGCAAAGAGAACUCGCUACUUAGCAUGCCAGGAGCACCCGGAAACCGGGAGAGUCUUGGCUAGGAGACUAAGGGCUUGCUUAUGGAGCCACGACUGCCGUCCUCACCUUCUCUUUCAAGAAGUUCAGAGCGUGAACCGUGCCCCGCCUUCUACACUUUCCCCGUUCAAAUCUCUGCACCUUUUAUCGAUUUCAAGAGCGCGUCUGAGAACUUCCUGCAGGACCCUGGACAGACAUCUAUUAACUAGAACGUAGAUGGUAAAGAGUCUUCCUGCAGUGCGGGAAACCCGGGUUCGAUCCCUGGGUCGGGAAGAUCCCCUGGAGAAGGAAAUGGCAACCCACUCCAGUCUCCUUGCCUGGAAAAUUCCAUGGAUGAAGGAGCCUGUACAGUCCAUGGCGUCGCAAAGAGUCGGACACGACUGAGCGACUUCAUUUUAAUGAUGUUGAGAAAUAAAAGGUUUUACAGCUCAUGGAGAUAUUAGAGACAGCCUUUUGUGAAGCGUUUUUUAUUAAGCUUUUGGGGGAAGAAAGGCAGGUUUUCCUGAUAUUGGUAUUCCUGGAUUCCAAGGGGGUGAGGAGUGGUCCAGGGCGAGUGAGACGCAAUUGUAGGUGGCACUUUAGGGCGCACCUUGCAUCCAUCGAGUCCUCUGCCUGGGGCUCUCUCGCCCCCCAACCCCUCCCUGGCUCCCCGCUCCCCCUCCUCUAGUCAGCCCCGCUCAGUCCCGGCGGGGCGGUGCCAGGGCCACUAUGACGCGGGGUUCCAGGACCUAAGACCCCGCACAUCACUUUUCGCGCACCCCGCGCAGCCCGCAGCCAGGGCAGUCUAAGCAGCCGGGCGACAGGAGGCGGCGGCGGCAUGAGCUACUACCAGCUACCAGUGGUGAUCGACAACGGCUCAGGAGUGAUCAAGGCGGGCCUGGCCGGGUCCCGGGAGCCUCAGUUUGUCUACCCGGACAUUGUGGGCCGCGCCAAAGGCCUGACGGGCGUCGAGGGCGCGCAGGAAGUGUGCGUGGGAGACCAAGCGGAGCAGCGGAGAAACUCGCUUUCCAUCAGCUACCCAGUGGAACGUGGUCUCAUUACUUCAUGGGGGGACAUGGAGAUCAUGUGGAAGCAUAUCUAUGAUGAUAACCUCAAGCUAAAGCCCUGUGAUGGCCCAGUCUUGAUUACAGAGUCAGCACUGAACCCACUGGCCAACCGGCAACGGGUCACUGAGGUGUUUUUUGAGCAUCUGGAGGUUCCUGCCUUCUUUAUGUCCAUCCAGGGGGUGCUAGCUCUCUUUGCUGCUGGCUUCACAACUGGCUUUGUGCUGAAUUCAGGUGCUGGGGUUACCCAGUGUGUACCCAUCUUUGAGGGUUACUGUCUGCCUCAUGGUGUCCAGCAGCUAGAUCUGGCAGGUCUUGACCUCACCAACUACCUCGUGAUGCUGCUGAAGGAGAAAGGCAUCAUGCUGCUUCGUGCUUCAGACAGAAAGAUUGUCACGGACAUUAAGGAAACCUAUUGCUAUGUGGCAAUGAACUUUGAAGAAGAAAAGGCCAAGAAAUCUGACUGUAUAGAGAAGAUUUACCAACUACCUGAUGGGAAGAGGUUCAAGCUCCAUAGCCAGCUCUUUCAUUGUCCAGAGGCCCUCUUUUCUCCAAGUCUCAUGCACCUUGAGACCCCUGGCAUUGAUAAGAUGUGCUUCAGCAGCAUAAUGAAAUGCGAUGCAGAUCUGAGGAAUGCUUUUUUCUCCAAUAUUAUCCUUGCUGGGGGAUCAACCUCUUUCCCUGGUUUAGAUAAACGCCUAGUUAGGGAUAUAGCAAAGAUGGUACCUGCCAACACCCCUGUGCAGGUUAUUGCUCCCCCAGAAAGGAAAAUAUCAGUGUGGAUGGGAGGCUCUAUUCUUGCAUCCCUGUCUGCCUUCCAGGACAUGUGGAUCACUGCUGCAGAAUAUAAAGAAGUUGGACCCAAUAUAGUACACCAGAGAUGCUUCUGACUACAGAUAACAUGGUUAGGAGAAAAUGUUUUGAGUAUAUGUGACAGAAAUCUUUGGAUAUUAUAUGUUUCUGGGAAGACAGAAAAUAUUUCAAUUAUUGGAAUGUCCAUGUCUCUCUUGCAUUUCUAUAAUGGAAAUAAUGGAGAAGCAGUCAAAUAAUAGAUGCUUACUGAGUUGAACCAAAUUAAAUGCUCAUACUAAGUUACUUCA